AUGCGUACCGAUGAAGAUGACCCACGCGAUACUGAAGAAGAGACUUCAGAAGAGAUCCAGCAAGAAGACCCCAUAAUGAACGAUGUUUCUGCUUUGACCGAAGAUGAAUUAGUGCGAUAUGGGACUUUUAGACGGACUGGAUUUAACAAGCCUGGUAUCAGAAAGUUUGUUAGUCAAGUUCUAGGCCAAACUUGCAAUCCUAACUUUGCUAUUGUGCUUAGUGGGAUAGCUAAAGUCUUUGUUUCUGAGUUGGUUGAGGAGGCCAAGAAAGUUCAGUCUGAAUGGGAAGAGCCCGGGGAGCUAAUGCCUUCGCAAAUACACGAAGCGUAUCGCCGGCUAUACCACCGCAUGCCUAAUAUGGGUGCACCGCUAAGAAGAUAA